GCCCUCCGCCGGCAGCGCGGCCCAGCCCGCCUCAGCCGGCGCCGUCCGCCGCGCCCGGGGGAACUGAAGGGACGUCAUCAUGGGAGCAUUUUUAGACAAGCCAAAGAUGGAGAAGCAUAAUGCCCAAGGGCAGGGCAACGGGCUUCGUUACGGUCUGAGCAGCAUGCAAGGCUGGCGAGUUGAAAUGGAGGACGCGCAUACGGCUGUGAUUGGUUUGCCAAACGGACUGGAUGGAUGGUCAUUUUUUGCUGUAUAUGAUGGGCAUGCCGGAUCCCAGGUUGCCAAGUACUGCUGUGAGCAUUUAUUAGAUCACAUCACAAGCAACCAGGAUUUUAAAGGACCAGAUGGUCCACCAUCUGUGGAGAGUGUAAAGAGCGGCAUCAGAACAGGUUUUCUGCAAAUCGAUGAACAUAUGAGAGUCAUCUCCGAGAAGAAGCAUGGCGCAGACAGAAGUGGCUCGACGGCUGUGGGCGUCAUGAUUUCCCCGCAACAUACAUACUUCAUCAACUGUGGAGACUCGAGAGGUUUACUUUGUAGAAACAGGAAGGUUCACUUCUUCACCCAGGAUCACAAACCAAGUAAUCCACUGGAGAAAGAGCGCAUACAGAAUGCAGGGGGCUCUGUAAUGAUUCAGCGUGUGAACGGUUCCCUUGCUGUGUCAAGGGCGCUGGGGGACUUUGAUUACAAAUGUGUCCAUGGGAAAGGUCCCACAGAGCAACUAGUCUCACCUGAGCCUGAAGUUUAUGAAAUUGAGAGAUCGGAAGAAGACGAUCAGUUCAUCAUACUGGCUUGCGAUGGUAUCUGGGAUGUUAUGGGGAACGAAGAACUGUGUGACUUUGUAAGAUCCAGGCUUGAAGUCACUGAUGACCUUGAGAAAGUUUGCAAUGAGAUAGUUGACACCUGCUUGUACAAGGGAAGUCGAGACAACAUGAGCGUGAUAUUGAUCUGUUUUCCGAAUGCACCAAAGGUAUCACCAGAGGCGGUGAAAAGAGAGGCAGAGUUGGACAAGUACCUGGAAAGCAGAGUAGAAGAGAUCAUAAAGAAGCAGGGUGAAGGAGUCCCAGACUUAGUCCACGUGAUGCGUACGUUAGCAACUGAGAGCAUCCCAAACCUCCCGCCAGGGGGUGAAUUGGCGAGCAAACGGAGUGUGAUUGAAGCUGUUUAUAACAGACUGAACCCCUACAGGAACGAUGAUACUGACUCUGCAUCAACUGAUGAUAUGUGGUAAAACUGCUCAUCUAGCUGCGGAGUUCACCUUUCGUCCCUCACAUGAGAGAGCAGCCCAACCUCAGUUACCCUUCUUAAGAUCCAUCCUCAACCUUAAUUAAAGAAGGGAAUGUGAUGUGUUGGUGAGAGUGACUACAGCAGAAAACUACAGCAGUACAACGUCUAGCCCAGGAACUGAUCCUUUUUUUUUUUUUUUUUUUUUUGUAAAACAGACUUCUGUAAACGUGAUUUCGAACCAUAAUUCAUGUUGUAAAUCAGACUCCAGCAAUUUAUGUUGUAUGAUUUUGUUUUUGUAAAGUGCAAUUGUCUUUGUACAAAAUGCUCAUAUUUAAUUAUGAACUGCUUUAAAUCACUAUAAAGGUUAGAAGAAAUGUUUGGCUUGUGUGAUGCAACAGUAUAUGUCCCAUUAAAUUCAUGUUGUGGUUUUGGAUUGCAAGGAGCAGCAGCCUAGCCAGCUAGGUGCUCAAGAGGUGCACAAAACUAAAAAUGAUUUUGUUUGAUAUGAAAGCUGAAUUUGGGGGUAAUUUAUCAGAAAUUACAGGGUGUGAAUUUGCUUGGCAAUGGGAAAGAGUAGUGCACAUUCUUCAGCAAAUCUCUCUCUUGAGGCCACUCCUGCUCUGACACUGAGCURAAGGGAGCUCUGAUUUUGACUUCAGUGGGAGUUGAAUCAUGCCCUAUUAAUAGCAUCAUGCGUUCAUUCGCAUAUGAACCUUGGGAUUAGAAUGCCUGGAUUCUCUGCACCUCUUUUUUUCAUUAACCCUUGCCUGAAUUACUAAUCACUGAGCACGAACAGGUAACUUCCUACAUGUCGUAGGAACCUGCAGCAUUUCUACAAUCCUGAGUGGCUGGGUCUGCUGCUGUUCCGAGGAAAAUGCCCUGAAUUCCAUUUUAUCAAUAAAGCUUGAUUUAACAAACAAGAAAUUUAUCCAUAAAUGUGUAAUUCCUUUUUUUUUCUGCCUUUUAAAACAUCAGUGCCAUCAUAAAUGAUAUUUUACACAUGGAAAAAAUAWUUUUAUUAAUUGGUAACCCAUUUUUAAAAUGGGAGGAAUUUUGAUUAUUUCCCAAGACACAGCCAUUGCUAAAGGAUGACAUGGGAGUGAUCUGUUAUGCUGUUUUUUUCACCUGUGUGGUUUUUUUUCAGGCUUCUUGUUUUCCCUCCCCACUGAAGAUAUGCAUUGGUUUGAAUUUGCCUACUGUUUGAUAAAAAUACAUUUGUCAAAGCCUGACAAUCUUUAACAUUUUAUGGUGUGUGUUUUUAAUUGACCCACUUACUUAGGAUGAGAGACUAGUGGUUAAACAGUACUUGUGAUUUGAAAUAGAGCAUGUUGAUAAUAUUUAACUGUUCGUUGUUUAAAAUUCUGAUUUAAAAUUCUUAAAGGUAAUAAACUAAUUUGAUUUUUAACUUACCUUUCUCCCACUGAACAUACAAAAUUUAAGUUUUCAAGUCAGUCGUGUUUGCAAAACUACUGUUUUGUGCACCUUGUGUUGUCUUUUUUUGGUUGAGAAUAUUGUAUUUAAUAUGUAGUUCACUUUAUUCAUUUAGUAGGCAGAUUCCCCAAAUGGAAAAUCAGUAAAACAAGUAGAUUGUAACAUUUACUGCAGUUAAACAGAAUCAAAACUUGGUGUAUAAUUACUUUUUGAUAGGAAAAUGUAGUACCAUGCAUUUUGCUAUAUUUGUCUUUCCCUAACUUUGAAAUAUACAUAUUUGUAUAUAUAGCCUUAAAACUAAUGCAGAGUUAGGGAACUCUGAACAGUGAAAAAGUAACUUAUAGUGUCUUGGAACUAAGUAUAGUACAUACCAGCAAACUUUUCUUUUAUCCCUCUUGUCUGUGUGGGGUGCUUAACGUAACUUCAUUGUAUUCGGUUUGUAACCUGUUCAAGCAUGAAUGAAGACAACAUAAGCACUAUUUGUAUUUAUAAAUUCAUAGCAAUUUUUGCUUAAAGGAACCAACUCCUUACCUACAUAUGAAUAAAUGCUUAAAAUGUCUAAUUUUGUUGUAGAGUGCAAAACUAUGGUAAUGUUAAGUUAUAGCUUCACAGGCACCUAAUUAACGAGCAUAUUUAAUACAUGGCGUAUUAGUACAAAAAAGCUAAAUUUAGGACUAGGCAGGUAAAGUUUUGUCCUCUUUUUUCGUGUAGGUGAAAGUUUAGUUUUGGAAACUGCAAAACCUGGAGCUGGACURUGGAAAGUUUGAGUUAAAACUUGUAAACGUCGCAAGUGGAGCUGGUGCGGAAAGCCAUACUUAAAACUGUAAUCACUUAAACUCUCAGUGACACAUGCUGUGUUG